CAAUAGGGCACUGCUCUAGAAAAAGGUCGACCCGAGUUUCAACAAAGAAUAAUUCUUUAUUAUUUUCCCCAUAGCAUUGAAAUUUGAAGGUGCGCGCUCUAAAUGUGCAGCCUUAAUGUAUUAGCUUAUAGUGCGAGUUCUAAAAGGCGAAAAGAGUCUCGAAGUAAAUUUCAUUUACCGAACAUUUCUUUCUUUCAGCAGAUAGCCAUGGGUUCUGUCGUGAUUUUAAUUCGCGUGAUCCAAAUUAUCUUGGUCCGGUGGCUUGCGGUGACGGGUGAAAGUGUUUGUCAAGAAGACAACUGUUUCUGUGCUUCUUUUGGCAAGACGAGGAUAAAAGUUAAAUGUAACUUUACUAGGCACGUACCGAGUGGGAUCCCAUCAAAUACCGCGCUGCUAAAUCUUUCGGGAUGUUCUUUGGAUUCCAUUUUUGAAGACUCGUUUAGAAAUCUUACGUUACUGAGCAAACUGGACCUUUCAAGGAACUUCAUUCAGUUUAUUCCACCGAAUACCUUCCGGAAUUUGACGUCACUAAAGAUAUUAAAUUUGGAAGACAACCGCAUUACAGGAGGGUUUCAUCUCCCAGAAAGCGUGAAACAGAUUUUUCUGGCUUACAACUCGCUCCUUUCUGCUGACUUGAAUCUUAUUCUGAAAGGAUUAAAACAGCUUCGCGUCAUGAAUAUCGAUUGGAAUGAAAGGAUAGGACCAACUCUCUCGUCAGAUGUUUUUGCUGGUUUUGUCAAGAUGGAGCGCCUAAGCAUUAGCGGCUGCAGUCUUCAACAUAUCGAGAAUGGAACUUUUCGAGCGAUGAACAAUUUGACCAGUCUCGACCUUUCCCUCAAUGUGAUCUCUCAUUUACAACCUGGUGCAUUGGAAGGACCCGGCGAUCAACUAUCGAGAUUGAUGUUAGACCGGAACAAGCUAGAGACCAUAGCUGAUGGAACAUUUGCACGAUUUAGUAAACUCACUCAUUGCAAUUUGAAUGAGAACAUGCUGAGAUCUGUACCAGAUUUCACUGGCCUGACCAAUGUAUUAAUCAUGCACGUGUACAAAAACCGCAUAACUGAUAUAUCACAACUUGGAAAGGCUGGAUCCAAACUUGAGAUCUACACAUUGUCACUGGAUGACAAUCAGAUUAGUAACCUACCACCAAAUGUAUUUCAAAAUGUAUCGGUACUUGGAAUUCUGUGAGUCUAUAAAAAAGUGCAUUUAGGGGCUCAGUGAUGAGCCCAUAGUUGUGAACAGUUUGGGUUUGUUUUGAAGUUUUAUUCAGUGAUUGAAUAAGCUGUUCCUUCACUGACCCUCUUCACUCGUUCAGCCAAAAAAGGAAAUUAUGAAUCAUGGGUUAUUUCAGAGUGAGUAUUAACACAGGACAUAUAUCAUGAUAAGCAAUGCCAAUGGGAGCCUCGUUGAACUGAAUUCAUGUGAAUUGAAAAUGCAAAGUAUGUAUGAAUUCCGUCCGUGCGCCUGUAAUCUGGCAUUGGAAUUUCAAUAAAGUCUAAUAUGAAUUCUUUCUGACGGCUAAAGGUCAGGGAAACUGGGAGACCCAUUGGACUCAAAGAGCUUCUUGAAGCUACGAAAUGACUAAGCCACUACAGCGAACACAGCAAAAUGGGACUUUCUCAGUUUAAGAUCAUGCCUUAUUAUUUGAGUUUGUGACCUUGAUCUGACGAAGAGCUAACACUCGAAACAUCAGCUACAGCGGUUAAUUCACUUUUCACCCCCAACCUUUAUCAUUGAUAAAAUGGCUAUGAGUUUGUUGCUGAUUGUAUAGCGCCUGCCGCUCCCUUGACAUUUACAGGGACUUUAAGAUAUGGCACGGCUAGGCUGUAGUAGGGCGGCAGAUAAUAAAGAUCACUUACGGUGACGUCAUGACGCGCGUACCAGUACGGUUUUCCCGCCGUAGCCUUGCUUUCUACUACAAAAAAGUG